AUGUGCAGAGCGGCAAGGGCUUUUGGAGAGUAUCUUUCACAAAACCAUCCUGAAGGUAGAAACGGCUCAGAUCACUUGUUAGCAGACUCCUACAUCGGACAGGAGGACUCCCCUGAGAUGCAGCAGGCGGCACAGAACAAGCGCAGGCUCUCCGUCAUCUCAGACGGCAAGUUUGAGAGGAGCUUCUCCGAGGAGCAGUCAGAGAAGAUGCCAAACGAGGGACCGAAGCCACGAGUCUACACAAUCUCCGGCGAGAGGCCGAUGCUGUCGGACCAUGAGAACGAAAGUAUGGAACUGGUGGUGAUGAAGGGGGCUGCCCAAGAGGAAUGCCACCACGGCCACCAAGUGCACAGUGCUGGCGGCUCUCACGGCGUUAGCAGGCAUUGCAAGGGCUGGCCAGGCAGCCGGCCGGGCUCCAAGGAGUGCCCGAAUUGCACCCGGCUGGCUGCCCCGUCCCAGCAUUCCUUUGACCUGGAGCAGCAUCAAUCCGGCGAGACUGGGUGGCACAGAAAGAGGCUGGAGAGGAUGUAUAGUGUCGAUCGAGUGUCUG